CAAAUUUAGUUUUUAAGCUAGUCACAUGUGCCCUCUACAUAAUUCGUGUGAUGACGGAUUCCGAUCCAAUAUCCGCAUCCUGCUACGGUUGUACACCGGGGAACAAGACGGAGUACAAGAUCUCAGCAAACCUGACCGAGGAGAAGUUUCAAGAAAAUCCCAUCAUCAAUUGGGAUGCGAUUCUGUGGGUGAACCGCCCCCUGGAGCUGUGGAUCGUUCAGGUCAUAUUAGCGAUGAUAAGCCUGACGGAAGCCCUUCUUCUCGCUUACCUCGGCUAUAAGGGUAACAUAUGGCAACAGUUACUGUCAUUUCAUUUCAUCUUAGAACUUGUAAAUACGAUACCAUUUACAUUAACGGUUUUUUAUCCUCCAAUGAGAAAUCUUUUCAUACCCGUAUUUUUAAAUUGCUGGCUGGCAAAACAUUCGCUGGAAAAUAUGUUCAAUGAUCUCCACAGAGCGAUGCAGAAGUCACAGUCCGCACUUUCACAGCAACUGAUGAUAUUGUCAGCUACACUCCUGUGCCUCGUAUUUACAAGCGUGUGCGGAAUACAACAUUUCCAACGUGCCGGACACCGACAUCUCAAUCUUUUUCAAGCAACGUAUUACGUUGUGGUUACAUUCUCCACCGUUGGUUAUGGCGAUUUUGUGCCUGACAUUUGGCCUUCGCAAUUAUACAUGGUGAUAAUGAUUUGUGUAGCUCUCAUUGUCUUACCUACACAAUUUGAACAACUAGCAUUUACAUGGAUGGAACGGCAGAAAUUGGGCGGAUCCUAUUCUUCACACCGCGCCCAGUCCGAAAAGCACGUCGUUGUGUGUAGCACAACGUUGCAUGCAGACACAAUAAUGGAUUUCCUGAACGAGUUCUACGCCCAUCCGCUUCUCCAAGACUAUUACGUGGUGUUACUGUCACCGAUGGAGCUCGACACCACGAUGAGAAUGAUCCUCCAGGUGCCCAUUUGGGCACAAAGGGUAAUUUACAUUCAAGGAUCUUGCCUGAAGGAUGCAGACCUUGCCAGAGCGCGCAUGAACGAAGCGGAAGCUUGUUUCGUUUUAGCUGCCAGAAACUACGCCGACAAAACUGCCGCGGAUGAACACACAAUUUUACGAUCGUGGGCGGUAAAAGAUUUCGCCCCAAACGUAGCUCAAUACGUGCAAAUCUUUAGACCCGAAAACAAACUUCACGUAAAGUUCGCUGAGUACGUCGUUUGCGAAGACGAGUUCAAAUACGCACUUCUAGCAAAUAACUGCACGUGUCCUGGAGCCUCGACGUUGGUCACGCUCUUGCUGCACACCUCGAGAGGACAGGAAGGACAGCAAUCUCAAGAAGAGUGGCACAAGUUAUACGGACGCUGUUCGGGAAACGAGAUCUAUCACAUUGUUCUCGGCGAUAGCCGCUUCUUUGGCGAAUACGAAGGGAAAAGCUUCACGUACGCCAGCUUCCACUCUCACAGAAAGUAUGGUGUGGCUUUAGUAGGAGUGCGUCCAGAGAAGAUGCCGGAAUUCUACGAAGACACAAUUCUAUUAAAUCCAGGUCCCAGACACAUCAUGAAAACCAGCGAUACGUGUUACUAUAUGAGCAUAACGAAAGAGGAAAAUUCGUCUUUCACGGUAGCUAACCAGCAGGUGAACAAUAACAAUGCGACUUCGGAGCCGGUAAUUGUCACCGCCGAGGAGAAGCCCACCAUCGUGCCAUCUGCUAACAAAGACGCAACGUUUCCUGAUGGCGGAAAUUUAUCAGACUCGAAACAGUGUCUGAGGGACACAUCGCCGGCUUCAAUAAAUAUGGAUGUCUCAGUGACUGGUAAUCACUUAGAUAUACCACGUACAGGAGACAACCCAAAUUUGCUCAGCCCAGAAACGAUUAACCAAAGAAGAAAUUCCAGAAGACCCAGCAUCCUUCCAGUACCUGAUAUGUUCACUAGUUCUACGUUAAACAUUUCUCAAGAUAUUGCUGAUGAAGGAGACGAAAGCGAAGAUGAACUCGAGGACGACGUUCCCUGGAGAUCUCCCAGUGAAAAGAUUGCGUCCAGUCUUUCAAUCGACUCUGGCGAUUCUACAAGACCUGCAUGGCAUGACGAUUGCGUCCGGCAAAAAGAUACAUUAACAGUUCCCACCGAAACACAUUUUAGUAUAUCAGGAAGUCCAAUGAAAGAAAAACGACAAAAAAGGAAGGAGUAUCGCGUUACAAUAAAUCCACCACCAAAAAUCGAAGAGUGCAUCGUUAAAGGAUUUCCACCAGUUUCUCCGUACAUCGGGGUCAGCUCAACAUUGUGUUACUUGCUAAAGGAGAAGAAACCGCUCUGUUGCCUUCAGUUAGCUCAAGUUUGCGAACACUGUAGCUACAGGAAUGCGAGAGAUUACCAGUGGCAGAACAAAACUAUCAUCCUUGCGGCGGAUUACGCCUCGAACGGAAUCUACAACUUUAUUAUACCCUUGAGGGCACACUUUCAAUCGAAGACAUCUCUCAAUCCUAUUAUUCUAUUAUUGGAAAGGCGACCGGAUAUUGCUUUUUUGGAUUCAAUAUCUUAUUUUCCACUGGUGUAUUGGAUGCUGGGAUCUAUAGAUUGUUUGGACGAUCUCCUUCGCGCCGGUAUCACCCUAGCUGAGAAUGUCGUGGUCGUAAAUAAGGAGCUGUCAAACUCUGCCGAGGAGGAUUCGUUGUCUGAUUGCAAUACCAUAGUUGCCGUGCAGACCAUGUUUAAAUUCUUUCCCAGCAUAAAGAGCAUAACCGAGCUGUCUCAAUCGUCGAAUAUGAGAUUUAUGCAGUUUAGGGCACACGAUAAAUAUGCAUUACAUUUAUCUAAGAUGGAAAAGAGGGAAAAAGAAAGAGGUUCCCACAUCUCUUACAUGUUCCGUUUGCCAUUUGCGGCUGGGAGUGUAUUUAGUGCUAGCAUGUUGGAUACGUUGCUUUACCAGGCUUUUGUUAAAGACUACGUGAUCACUUUUGUCCGUUUACUGCUGGGAAUUGACCAAGCCCCUGGAUCCGGAUUCCUAACUUCCAUGAAAAUAACUAAAGAAGAUAUGUGGAUAAGGACUUAUGGUCGUCUUUAUCAAAAACUUUGUUCGACAACGUGUGAAAUUCCAAUAGGAAUUUAUAGGACACAGGACACUUCGUUGUCCGAUUCGUCACAUCUUGAGGAGGAACAUUUUGGACAAGACCGCGUAGGUGUUACGUAUCGACCGAAAGAGGGUACAACAUGUCUAGGAUGUACCGAUAAAAGAAAUUCAGUGUACUCGAUAAACAUGGUAGAGGAAGCGAAAGACAACCACAAGCAGCAAAUAGAGCGUGCUGAAAUUGCCAACCUGGUCCGUUCACGCAUGGACAGCCUCAAUUUGCCCGUAAUCGAUUACAACGAUGUUAGCGAGAAAAGGAACAGCCUUUCAUAUGUGAUUAUUAACCCCAGCUGUGACUUAAAAUUGGAAGAAGGUGACAUUAUAUAUUUGGUGCGUCCAAGUCCAUUUUCGGCACAGAAAACAUUUGAGCGUCACAACAGUAGAAGAAAAUCAAAUAUCAGCUUUUGCUCUCAGAUGCUCGUGAAUCAAAUGGCAACAGCUUCGCAGGCAGGGAGCAGAAGAGGUUCCGGAUUAGGACUAUCAGGUUUUCCAUCUCCGCGAGCUCCGCCUUUAGUAACCACAAAAUCCAACUCUUUAUCCUUACCAGAUAGCCCAACAGUGGCGGGGUAUCAAAGAGGAAGAUCGAAUUCACUCAGAGUAAUUGAUGACAUCCUUUUGCGGAGAUCAAACUCAUUAAGACAGGGUUUAACAUGCAUAGGAACGACUAGAAGGAAGAGUAGUUUAGAGGAUGUGGGUUUAUCCCAUUUUUCGUCAAACUAUGCGAGUAAUCCCAUUAAAAUAGCAUUAAAUGGAAGUAUCGGUUUGGAAGUGACCCCUCCAGAAGAGUGUAGUCCUCCAAUUAUAUCGUCAAAUACAGCUUUGAUAAUAAAUCCUCCACCUUCGAGUGCAGCAGGAACGGGAAGCACUUUAAGCUUAGCGCAAAGUGGACUCCCAAGUUCAAGUGGGACGUUAAAUCAAAGUUUAUUGGGAAUCAAUUUACCGAACGCGCAGUUCGGUGAACCACCGGUGUCACAACAGACGGCGUUACCGUCUACAUCCGGUACGACAGAUCCACAGCACCUUCAAGGAACAAUCGUAUGAUAUAACCUAAUGUGGGGGCGGAGACUAAGUGGAUUGAGGAACAAGUGGCUCUAAACACAACCUCGUCCACAUGUAGCCACCUCUGCGCCAUAGUUCUUCGUUUUUAGUUUUAUUAGCUAGCGCAGAGCUAGAACUCAACCGCAUUUGGCCUUAUCGAGAUAUCAUCAGAAUCUUAUACUAGACUGAUCGCGAUUCACUCUACGCCAGAUCGCGGGUACUGGCUUAGCCAAAUUUUUCUUACGACCGUAGAAUUUAGAAAUACUGACCGAGAGGAUUUUCCAUAGAAAAAGCCGGAUGUGUAAAAAAGAAAUUAUACAACAACGAAAACAAUAACAUCUAAACAUUUAUUUUACUUUAUCAUUAAAGUAACUCAUUAAGCUAAUCGUAUAUUAAAAAACAUUUCUUUUUAACUCAUCCAAAGCAGAUGGCCUAGUCGAAUGGAAAUAUAGCUCAAAUAAGUAAAAAAAAUGUAUAGUUACUACGGGUUUUUUGUAAAUACUUUUCAGUUCACCUUAUCUCGUUUACGAAUCUAAAAAAAUAUAUUGGAGAUACACGUUUCUUCCAUACGGCUGUAAGACCGUUUGCGCAGCCACUUAUCAGUAUAAUUUGAUCAGGUACGGUGAAUGAGGGAUCAAAUAUUGUAGUUAGACACAAAAAAAAUUAUAGCUGUUGGUACUUUCAAAUGGAUUUAGAACCCCUGUUAUUAACACUUGAGUGUGAAGUUUGCGCCACCAAUGAAGUUCUAAUGACGUUUACCUUUAUACAUUUUACAUUACCCUACUAUUUAAGAACUAGUAAUCAGAUGUUACCCUUCUUAGUGCCACUUAAAUUAAAUUCUUUUUGGCCAAGAUGUAUUCUAGAAUAAAUAAAUUUAAUAAAAAAUUUGAAGAAAUAUAUAAAUUGAAUUAAUAAAUUCAUUAUAGAUACAUAUUGGCCAAUUAUAUUAUAAAAAAUCAAAACAUUGCUUAUUUAGCUUAGCAUGAGCCGUCCAGCUAGUAUCGUAAAUAUCUAACUGUUAAUUAUAUACUUAAUUGAAAUUCUUUAAUCGCCCAGUACUACUUCUAAUAUUAAUUAUUACAACACAAAUUUAGUACAUGAGACUGUGGUGUGGUCCAAUAAAUAUCGUGAACUGGUUUAAUAAACUAAUUCACAAACGUGAAUAAAUGACACAAAAAAUAUAUAAAAAAAGAAAUAAUGAAACAAAUGGAUACAUAUCUAACGAUUAAGAUAAAAUAGUAAAUAUUUUUCUAGGGAACAGACGGAUGGAUGUUGAUACUAUUAAGACCAAUGUGCUUUGGUACUAUUGCUUUAUUUGAAACAAGGGAUCGCGGAUACGUUUGCUCUUUCCCGAUCUCCACAUGUAACUAUAGUCGUGUUACACUUGGAGUAUGUAAGAUUGUAAGAUAUUAUUGUAAAUAAAACACAUUUCGAUAACGAUAACACUAAAUUACGGCUAAAAUGAUUGUCGUCAUUGUUAUAUUACACUCUUAAAUUGGAGUUUAGAUUUAGGCGCUUGUAUUUACAUUAAAAAAAAGUAAGAAACAAGUAUAAAGAUGAUAUAAUAAUAAUUGAAUUGAAUAGCGUUUCCAGAUGUAUCAAAGAAAUUGUAUUGUUUUAUACGGGGUUUUCACGAAAAUAUGCUUUUAUUUGAAUAUUCAGACUAAAAUUUUAGAAAUUUUCGUGAAAGCACUGUAUUUAACUCUUUUAAAAUUUAUAACGUGUAUUUCUGGAUCCUGAAAAUUGACGCACGAAGUUUAGAAUUUCUUUAUGCUACGUUUAGGAUAUUGUACAGUAGGGAAAAGGUGUAGCACAUUAUAUACAACGUAUUUUCAAUAUAAUAUCUUUUAUUUCA